UCCAUUCCAUUCCAGGGGGGCGAUCCACCCCGGGUCGCGCUCAGCCGGCGAUCGCGAUUCCAACGGUCGGUGGACAAAGCAGAAAGGGGCGGGGACUUGAAUCUGUCUCAAACUCUACAAAGACACGCAGGAGACUGGAAGAGCUCAGCAAGCAAGGCAGCAUCAGGAAGUGGAGAAGUCAACGUUUUGGGUGUAACCCUUCUUCAGGACUGGAGGUGGGGAUCGUGAAGAGCAACGGCACUGAGCAUUAGAAUUAUAGUACUUUGAACAGUACAUAGUACUUACUGAACUUUGUAUCAGUAAGUAAAAAGGCUUUCGUUCUCCUGGACCAGCACAUCAAGUCAACAUAAGCAGGACAGAAAUUAUGUUCUACAUCUCCAGGACUGUUUUGACGCAUGCUGUUCUGACAGCAAGAAGUAUGCACAGAUUGAUUGGGUUCGCAAAAGUGAGUGUGUCAAACAGUUUGUUUGCUAGAUCCCAGCAACACAAGAGCUUAAGUGUAUCAGCCAAAACCAGCGCACCAAAGGUACAAACAUAUAGCUAUGUAAUAGUGGGAGCAGGUUCUGCAGGAUGUGUCUUGGCCAAUCGUCUGUCAGAAGAUCCUGAUAUUUCGGUGCUGCUUUUGGAAGCUGGACCUAAAGAUACAAUAUGGAACAGCAAGAGACUAAUGUGGAAAAUCCAUAUGCCAGCUGCUUUGAUAUACAAUCUAUGUGAUGACAAGUACAACUGGUAUUAUCAUACUGUAGCUCAGAAACAUAUGAAUAACCGUGUAAUGUAUUGGCCCAGAGGUCGUGUUUGGGGAGGAUCCUCUUCAUUGAAUGCAAUGGUCUAUAUCCGUGGACAUGCAGAGGAUUAUAAUCGUUGGGAAAGACAAGGUGCUACUGGUUGGGAUUAUGAUCACUGCCUUCCUUAUUUUAGGAAGGCUCAAUGUCAUGAGCUUGGAGCUGACAGGUAUAGAGGAGGAAAUGGACUAUUACAUGUAUCACGUGGAAAAACAAACCAUCCUCUUCAUAGCACUUUCCUUGAAGCUGGGCAACAAGCUGGCUACCCAUUUACUGAUGACAUGAAUGGAUUUCAGCAAGAGGGUGUCGGUUGGAUGGAUAUGACAAUUUACAAAGGAAAAAGAUGGAGUGCGGCCAGUGCUUACUUGCACCCUGCUUUGUUACGCAGGAACCUAACAGCAGAAGAGAAAACCUUUGUAACAAAAAUUUUAUUUGAUGGCACCAAAGCCAUUGGAGUUGAAUUCAUUCAAGCUGGAUUACCAAUAAAGGUCUAUGCCACAAAAGACGUAAUCCUAAGUGGAGGUUCAAUAAACUCACCCCAGCUUCUUAUGUUGUCUGGCAUUGGUAACGCAGAUGACCUCAAAGAAUUGGGAAUUCCUAUUGUUUGCCACCUUCCUGGUGUUGGCCAGAAUCUGCAAGACCAUCUGGAAUUGUAUGUACAGCAACAAUGUACUGAACCUAUUACUCUAUACCAAUCUCAGAAAUCAUUCAAGAUGAUCAAGAUUGGCCUGGAAUGGCUUUGGAAAUUCACAGGUGAAGCUGCGACUGCUCACUUAGAAACUGGUGGGUUUAUCAGAAGUCAUCCUGGGGCAACUCAUCCUGAUAUUCAGUUCCAUUUUUUGCCAUCACAGGUGAUAGAUCAUGGACGUGUUGCGCCUAACAUGGAGGCUUAUCAGGUUCAUGUGGGCCCAAUGAGACCCACAAGUGUGGGUUGGAUGAAGCUCAAGAGUACAAACCCCAAAGACCAUCCAGUUAUUGAACCAAACUAUUUAUCGACAGAAACUGAUGUCCUGGAACUCCGUGAAUCAGUGAAGCUAAGCAGGGAAAUUUUUGCCCAAAAGGCAUUUGAUAGAUUCCGUGGUCCAGAGAUCACACCUGGAAGCCAUAUCCAAACAGAUAAGGAAAUUGAUGCAUUUGUGAGAGAAAAAGCUGACAGUGCCUACCAUCCAUCAUGUACCUGUAAAAUGGGCCAACCUUCUGAUCCCAUGGCAGUUGUUGACCCCGAGACUAGAGUUAUAGGGGUAGAGAACCUGCGGGUUGUUGAUUCUUCGAUAAUGCCAAGUGUUGUUAGUGGCAAUUUAAAUGCCCCUACAAUCAUGUUGGCUGAGAAGGCUGCUGACAUCAUCAAGGGGUGUCCGGCACUUUGUGACAAGGACGUUCCUGUUUAUAAACACAAAUCUUAACUUUUGACAAUGCAAAGGUGACACAGAUUUAAAUUCUCUCCUUUUGCGUGAGGAAAAAAAUGAUUUUUUAACCAAUGGACAAAAGGUAGAAUAUUUAAAAUUGUACUCAAUAAAAUGUGAAACCCCCCAAA